AAGAUCAGCCGGGAUCGAGUGCGGGCACUGCGUGGAUCCCUGGUUGUGUAUACUGCCCCGGCUGGCUGUUUGGGAUCCGGAAGGAUCAUGUCGAGUGGUGAGAUCGUGCAGGUCCCCGAUGAUGCCCAAUUUAGCUCGUUUCGGGAGCAGUGCGAGCGCCAGGAGGGCUGGCUGGUCCAAUACAACAAGGGAGGCACCACCGUAUGGAACCGGCAACCCGAGGAGAACAGGACUGUCCAGAAACUGAAGAUGAGGAUUAAUUGCAAAGAUGUUUCAGCUGCCACCCUCUAUGAUGUACUUCAUGACACACAUUACAGGAAGAAAUGGGACACUAAUAUGAUUGAGACGUAUGACAUCGGCCGGCUGACAGUCAAUGCAGAUGUGGGUUAUUACUCCUGGAAAUGUCCAAGUCCACUGAAGAACAGAGACUUUGUUACUUUGCGUUCCUGGCUGCCUCUUGGCAAUGACUACAUGAUUAUCAACUACUCUGUGAAGCACCCAAAAUACCCUCCAAAGAAGGACAUUGUGCGAGCUGUCUCACUCCAAACUGGCUACUUCAUCAAAUCAAAUGGAGCUAACAGCUGUACUCUGUACUAUCUAACCCAAGUGGACCCAAGAGGGUCUUUACCAAAAUGGGUUGUGAAUAAAGUUUCCCAGUUUGUAGCUCCCAAGGCUAUGAAGCGGAUUUACAAAGCCUGUUUGAAAUAUCCUGAGUGGAAGCAGAGACACAACCCUAACUUCAAACCAUGGGUCUAUCCUGAGCAGAAUACACUGCCGAGUGUGAGCCUUUCAGAACUCUCACUGCAGCAUGCCUCCUCACUCGAGAACAUUGAUGAAAGCAGCUUGUCAGAGGAGAAGGUUCACAUCAGUGAUGAGGAGGAUAGCUAUUCCAAGGAAUCAUAACAAACACACAGGGGCAGUGGAUUUUAAGAAAAACAAGUGAUAGAAUCAUUUAUGUGGAAUUAAAGAUUCAGUAUCCCUUUUACAUCCAGGGCACACCUAAACCAAGCCUCAGACUAGUCUGUUUCUGCAGCAAUGAAACCAUAAACACAGGCCUUUAAGGUUAUUAAUAAUUCGGUGUGUCAUUAUUGACAAAAACUGACACUUUGCAGUUAGAUCCAGGACUGAAUUCCUUUGAAUAUGUAACAGGUUCUAAAGGUUUGGCUACAUUUUCCCCCUGGUCCCCAAAAGGACAAUGACCAUCUUCUAUUGUGUAGCACUGAGUGGUAAAUUGUUAAGUGUGGAUGGAUUGGCCUGGGAUUUUGCUGCAUCAUUGUCUUUCUUAUAAUAAGUUAUCACAAAAGAAACAAUCUGUUCCCACUCCCACUGAACCUUGCCUAAUUUUUGAUGCUGCUACUAUUGCAGAACACCAAACAGCGAAGCCAAUGUCAAAAGGGAUACUACCUCUUUUAAAAUUCUUACAGCUUCCAUCAUUCAGUCAGACUCCUUCAAAGGCACCACUUGGCAGAUUCAU